CCGUCCCUCUGUCCUCUGGUGUAUGUACUUUAACAUGGCUGACGGUUUGGGGCUGGAGGUUGAAGGUCACAACCUCCCGUCUAACGUGUACGUGUGCUCUGGACCUGACGGCGCUCUGGGACACGAUCACGCCAUCAGACAGGCCGAGUCCAUCUUCCAGAAGAUUCUUCCCGAGGAGGACUUCUGUCCCCCGGCCCCUAACCCCGAGGACAUCAUCUACGACGGAGACAACACUUCCUCCCCCACAGGAGAGCAGGAGUUGGACGGAGAGCAGGAGGAGAAAGAGGAGGAGAGACGGGAGGAGAAAGAGGAGGAGAAAGAGGAGGAGCAGAGCCUCCAGAAUAAGGAGUAACGUACAAAUCAACACUCAGCCUCCAUGAAGCCAAAAGCUCCUGCAGUGAAUUGUGGGUUCAAGUUGCCUUCAUUUAUCGUCUGAAAUCUUUGUUAUUAUUAUUUUUUUAUCGUUUGUUAUUUUUCUGCUUCCUGUCUUACUGAAAUGUUGUCAACAGAAUUUGCUCCGUGGAAACAUUAAAGCUGCAACAUGA